AUGGAAAAUUUUAAUUAUCCAAAAUUAAAUUUAAUUAAACCAGUACCAUCCGAUAUUGAAAUUGCAUCAUCAGUUGAACCAUUACCAAUUAAAACCAUUGCAAAGAGUAUUGGAUUAUUAGAAGAAGAGAUUGAUUUCUAUGGUAAAUAUAAAGCUAAAGUUAGUUUAGAAGUUAUUGAACGUUUAAAGGAAACCGAGAAUGGUAAUUAUGUGGUUGUUACUGGUAUAAAUCCAACACCAUUGGGUGAAGGUAAAUCAACAACAACCAUUGGUCUUUGCCAAGCAUUGGGUGCACAUUUAGGUAAGAAAACAUUUGCAUGCAUUAGACAGCCAAGCCAAGGACCAACCUUUGGCAUUAAAGGUGGUGCAGCAGGUGGCGGAUACUCACAAGUGAUUCCAAUGGAGGAGUUCAAUCUUCAUAUGACAGGCGACAUUCAUGCCAUUACAGCAGCAAAUAAUUUAUUAGCAGCUGCAAUUGAUACACGUAUUCUUCAUGAGGGUACUCAAACAGAUGCACAAUUAUGGAAACGUUUAUGUCCAGUCGAUUCAAAGGAUGGUAGUCGUAAAUUUGCACCAAUCAUGUUACGUCGUUUAAAGAAAUUAGGUAUUGACAAAACUGACCCAAAUCAAUUGACAGAAGAGGAGAUUAGUAAAUUCGUUCGUCUUGAUAUCGACCCAACUCGUAUCACUUGGAAUCGUGUAUUGGAUACCAAUGAUCGUUUCCUUCGUGGUAUUUCAGUGGGUCAAGGUAAGGAGGAGCAACGUUUUGAGAGAAAAACAAAUUUCGAUAUUUCUGUAGCCAGUGAGAUUAUGGCAGUUUUGGCAUUAUGUACAAGUUUAUCCGAUAUGAGAGAACGUUUAGGUCGUAUGGUGGUUGGUCCAAGUAGAUCUGGUGAACCAAUCACUGCUGAUGAUUUGGGUGUUGGUGGUGCUUUGACCGUAUUGAUGAAGGAUGCUAUCAUGCCAACCUUAAUGCAAACACUCGAAGGUACUCCAGUACUUGUUCAUGCUGGUCCAUUUGCAAAUAUUGCUCAUGGUAAUUCAUCGAUUAUUGCCGACCAAAUCGCUUUGAAAUUGGCUGGUAAAGAUGGUUACGUUGUCACUGAAGCUGGUUUUGGUGCUGAUAUUGGUGCUGAGAAAUUCUUUGAUAUCAAAUGUAGAUCCUCAGGUCUUAAACCAAAUUGUGCCGUAAUUGUCGCAACCAUCAGAGCCUUGAAAAUGCAUGGUGGCGGUCCAAAGGUCGUCGCCGGCACUCCAUUAGAUAAAGCAUACACCAGCGAGAAUAUCGAGCUCCUAAAGAAAGGUGUCAGUAAUCUUGCCCAUCAUAUUAAAAACUUAAAGAAAUUUGGUGUUGGUGUAGUGGUCGCCAUCAAUAAAUUCCAUACCGAUUCCGAUGCCGAAGUUAACCUUUUGGUUGAGGCUUCUUUAACAGCUGGUGCUAACGAUGCCGUUAUGUCUGAUCAUUGGGCUGAGGGUGGUAAUGGUGCUUUGGAUUUAGCAAAUGCCGUUGAAAAGGCUUGUAAAGAAACUAAUAAAGAUAACUUCAAAUACCUUUAUCCAUUGGAUAAAUCAAUUAAAGAAAAGAUUGAAACCAUUGCAAAAGAAAUCUAUGGUGCUGAUGGUGUUGAAUAUUCACCAGAGGCCGAUGAUAAAAUCAAAUUAUACACUACUCAAGGUUUUGAUAAACUUCCAAUUUGUAUGGCAAAAACUCAUUUAUCCCUAAGCCACGACCCUGAAAGAAAAGGUGUACCAACUGGUUUCAUCUUACCAAUUCGUGAUGUUCGUGCAAGUAUUGGUGCUGGUUUCAUUUAUCCAUUAGUUGGCUCAAUGGCAACUAUUCCAGGUUUACCAACUCGUCCAUGUUUCUAUGAAAUUGAUAUUGAUACUAAUACUGGUAAAAUCAUUGGUUUAAGUUAA